AUGAAGAGGCCAUCGUCUGGUAAAGGGGCCGAGAAGCCCUCUAAACAGCAGGUAAUGGAGGUUGACAAAGUCAAAUCUUUGUUCAACAAGAAAAUUUGGGACUCUCAGUUUCAAGAUCAGCUGAAACAGGAAAUCCACGAUGCCAAACCCUACACCUGGGGUAACAUUCGCGACUUGGUCGAUGAUGAAUUGUUACGUAACGUAAGAAAGGAAAUUGAAACGGAAAUUCAUUUCACCAAGAAAGAGACGGACAUCUACAAAGUGAACCAAAGCGGUGAUCUAGCGAAUCUUUCCGGUCUUGAUUGGGAUGAUUUGUCUCGUCUUCCAAAUCUAUGCAAAUUGAGAGAAAUCCUGUAUUCUGAGGUGUAUAGAGACGUUAUCUCAUACGUUACUGGCGCUGGGAAGCUCUCAGGUGCGAAAAUGGACAUGUCCAUCAACACAUAUACUAAGGGUUGUCAUCUACUGACGCACGAUGACGUUAUUGGUUCCAGAAGGGUUAGCUUUAUCCUCUAUUUGCCAGAUCCUGACAAGACUUGGAAAGAACACUACGGUGGUGGGUUAAGAUUAUUCCCCAGUAUCGUUGCAAAUGUUCCACAUAGUGACCACACCGCCAAGUUGGUCCCACAGUUCAAUCAAAUUGCAUUCUUUCAAGUUCAGCCGGGCUAUUCUUUUCACGAUGUUGAGGAAGUGCGCGUCAACAAGCAUCGUUUGUCGAUUCAAGGCUGGUACCACAUUCCACAAGAAGGAGAGCCAGGAUAUAUCCCAGGUGAGGAAGAGCAAUGGGUGAAGACUAACACCAGCACACUUGCUCAAUUGGAAUCGAAUGUUUUGCAAGAUUACGAGUUCCCCAAGGAUGAGAGGGAUAUUUUGCCGUAUCAUGAAGUAAAGCAUUUCGAAAAAAUACUAGCCGACCAUUCGGACGAAAAAGAAAAGGAGAACACUCCCGUGAGUGCGGUGGCUGAUUCAAACACAUUGACUGAUGAAGAAUUGCGCUAUCUUUCAGAGUAUAUCUCUGAGGACUACUUAACUGCAAGUGGGAUCAAAUCUCUUCAGUCCAAAUUUUUGGAAAAAUCAUUCUUGCAGAUAGAUUCCUUCUUGAAUGAAAAAAAAUCUAAACUUUUGAAACAAUUGAUCAGGCAUGAUGAAUUGGAAGAAGAAUGUCCAUACGAGGCAAACAAGGUUGAAGCACCCUGGAAGACGGCCAUUCCUCCACACAAAUGGAGAUAUUUGUACAUCGAUGGGAAAUCUCCUGAAAAUUUCCGUACUGAGCAAGAUAUUUUGGAGAGAUUGAAUAAUGAGGAAUUGCCCAACUAUACACUUCUAAAGCAAUCCUUGAACAAGAGCAAAAACAACACCGAAUAUGAGUUAAUCUCGUUGGUGGAAUUUCUCAAGAGCACUAUUUUCAAGAAGUACCUAGCUCUGUUAACGCUUCUAUGCCCAUUGAGUGAGCGUAUGCUUAUCAGAAGAUUUAGGCCUGGUAAAGACUUCACCUUGGCUACUCAAAUAAACAAGAACGAACUUUUGAAAAACAUUGAUGGGUUUGUUGAUGCUGUGUUGGAGGGUACUUUGUGCUUAACACCAAGUGCUGGGUGGGAAUCUGGUGAAGUUGGUGGGUACGAAUUGUACAUGGACAACCAAAAUGAUGAGGAAGCAGACAAAGACAUCGAAGACGCUGCGGUCUACAAGACCGAUGACUCCGGAGAUUCUGUUCUAAUCAACAAGCCACCUAGCUGGAACUCCUUAAAUCUAGUCUUGAGAGACGAAAGUGUUCUUCAGUUCAUUAAGUAUGUAAGCUGGUCAGCGAAGUCCAGCAGGUGGGAUGUCUCCAUGCAAUGGGAUGUCAAGACUGUUGAUGACGAAAAUGAUGAAUAA